AUGUGGUCAGGUCUAUAUAACCGCAGAGGCAGACUUGGACGUCAUCACCUCUCAGGAAGUUGACGGCGUGCUGAGGAACUCGCCACCAUGGCACCGAAGAAGGCGAAGAAGAAGACGACCGAGGCGGGAUCCAACGUGUUCAGCAUGUUCGAACAGUCACAGAUCCAAGAGUUCAAGGAGGCCUUCACCAUCAUGGACCAGAACAGAGAUGGUUUCAUCGACAAAGGCGACCUGAGAGACACGUACGCUGCUCUCGGUCGUCUCAAUGUUGGUAACGAUGAGCUGGACGAGAUGAUGAAGGAGGCUCCUGGACCCAUCAACUUCACCAUCUUCCUAGCCAUGUUUGGUGAGAAGCUCAAAGGAACUGACCCGGAGGAAACCAUCCUGAACGCCUUCAAGAUCUUUGACCCUGAAGGAAAAGGCAUCCUAAGAGGAGAGGACAUCAAGUAUCACCUGAUGUCUCAGGCCGACAAGUUCACUGAGGAUGAGGUAAACCAGAUGUUCACGAACUUUCCUCUGGACGUCGCUGGAAACCUGGACUAUAAGAACCUGUGUUACGUUAUCACUCACGGAGAGGACAAAGAGCAGGAGUGA